AUGCACGGCUGCAUGGAGCCAAUGAGACGGCUGGUGUUUGACCUCUCCGACGGCCAAGCUCGUUGUCGCACACCCAUGAUGGCGGCCGUUGCUGUCGAGCAUCCCUGCGAAUCGCCAGGAACGUCCUACAAAGCCACGCACACCGCCCCGUUAGCUGUCAGACAAAGCCCGCCGCGCCCCAGCAAUCUCCGCUCCGCCGUCGCUCCCGCACCCAGAUCGUGGGCGCAACUGAUCGAUGUGCGGCGGCGUCGUGAUGAUGAUGGGCAGCACGGCUGCAAACCAGGCGCCUCAGGAGGCAUGGCGGACGUGGUGAGCGCUGAAAGGUUUCGGGAGAGCAGCCAAGCGGUGUUGCUGAACGUGCCAAGGUUUCGUCUGAUGCAAGGGGGCCCAUCUGAGGAAAUCCUGCUCGUGAUACACCUGCACGUGACUCCUGUCUGUUUCAUCCCACCCGAAUGGGUCACUAAGGAGGAAAUGCGGCUAUUCUUGCCGGGCUCGGUACCAGCGCCCUUGUCUUUUUCGAUUGUCCCUGUAUUCAUGGAUGGGUGGCUCGUAGUGUUGCGAUAUUAA